AUGCGAGCCCAUCAGCUGUCAGGCGAGCAGCAAAGCGGCCCGAGGGCGGCGAGAGACACAAAGAACGCGGUGAGCGGCGGCGGUGGCGGCGGCGGCAAAUUCGGGACUGCAACUGCUCGCCGCGCCUGCGGAUGCAGCCGGGCUCCGGCUCCGCGCGCUACGGGGUGCAGAGCGCCCGCUCUCCCCACCCUCUGCCCCCCUCCCUGGCCCUCACUUGACGAUCUCGCGGCUCGCCCAGCCCCCUCCCGGCCGGACAGGCAGGUCCCCACCCGGGGUAGGGGCGCCCCCUGGUUCCCGCGGCGGGGGAAGGAAGUCGGUCAGCUGCAGCCGAGCCCGGCAACUUGCGAGCCGGGAAAAGUUUGCAGCGCGUCCGCGGGGCGGCGCGGCGCGGCGCGGCGCUGCGCGGCCCGCCCCUGGCGUUCGCGGUGGCCGCCGGUGACUUUCGGGACUCGCCGUCAACCCGGGCGGCGGCGCGAGCGGCGGGGACCGCGGGGCUGGGCCGGAGGGUCCUCGCCGGGGGCUGAGGCACUGAAGAAUUACCGUAGAAGAGGGACAAGGAAGGAAGACAAUGCAGGAGGAGAUACGUACAUCCAGGCACAAUGGAAGCUUUCUGUGUGCAAUGUGACUGUUUGCCACUAGUGAAGAGUAGCCAUUCACAAACAUUUGGAGUGUUGAAAUCUAAAUUAUGUGGGGGAAAAAAAGGUAAAGUCCAGAGAAAAGCAUUAAUUUGCUUUCAUUUUUUUUUAUUAACCUUCAUUUAUUUUCUUAGAGGUUCAGUCAUUAAGUAAUAAAGUAGUUUUCAAUUUAAUGACACAUCUUGCAUAAACUAUUAACGAUUCUGUUAAUUUGAAAAUCCACCUUUUCAUAUUUUGCUGAGGAGUAGAGCAUUUUAGCCAUUUUUGAUACACUCUCCAUUCAAUUGAGUAGUUAAUUAUAGCUUUUUGAAAUAGUGUACACCUCUUAAUAAUAAUAAAUGCAUCAAGUGCUAUCCUAAAGAUCUGAAAGCAAUGUAAGAUUUUUCUGAGGAACACUGUUGUGCAGCUCAGCAAAGCAACUAAUUUCUAACUUGUCAUCUUGCAAAUAUGUAUUUGUUUAAUGGUAGGUUUAUAUAAUAUGAAACGCUUAAAUAGUGGAAAUAAAGCACUUUAAAAAGAUGUGAAUACAGCAUCUUUGAGCCAUGCAUUGUAUUCAUUAAUGAAAAAUUUAUCAUUUCUGUUCCAUAUUUAAUAUCCAUUGAUGUCAGCUCUCUGAGAUGAUCUGAAAAAGUGUGGCCAUAACUAUUUAGAAUGUUGAUCAAACUACAGUUGAACAUUUUAUUUAGCUGGGUGGAAACACUUUUAUACAGAAAUGCCAUUAACCCCUUCCCUCCUUCCCCCAUACAUAAAGUCAUGAAGUGAAAAACUCAAUUAGUCAUGCUGGAACAUGAGAAGUUAGUAGACUGCCACGGAAACACAUUGAUGGAAGGAAUAUGGGGUUUUCCACUUCUACUGGGCCCUGGAUCUGGAAUUGAGAAUGUGACCUGUACCUUUAAUAGGUAAACGAAAAGCACUAUGAGCAAGUAAUUCAGCCGUGCCCUAGGUAUUUUUAACUAUAUUUCCUAGGUAAAUGACUAUAGGUUUGAAGAAUUGGGUAAACUUUUCCUAUACCUCUGACCUCCACU